AUGAGGAACGCAGUAGUAUUCAUCCUUGUAGCCGUCGCGUGCUGUCAAUUAGUUGCAGCAAGCUUAAACAAGAAAUCAUCAAUAUCAGACGGUUGGCAGAAGGGUGGUUCGCACCUAGAUGGUGGCAACCGACGGGACAUUUCCUGUGAGAAAGAUGGCAGCAGCAUUGGAGAGAUUGGUGGAACGAAAGGAUCAGGCUGGGAUAACAUUGGACACGGCAUAGGCGGCUGGGACGGCGCUGUAGGAGGCCUAGAUGGUUUGGAGGGCACUGUAGGAAGCCUAGGUGGCUGGGGCGAUGGUUCAAAAGGCCUAGGUGGCUUGGACGGCGUCGUAGGAAGCGUAGGUGGCUGGGGCGGUGAUUCAAAAGGCCAUGGUGGCUGGAGCGAUGGUUCAAAAGGCCUAGGUGGCUUGGACGGCGUCGUAGGAAGCCUAGGUGGCUGGGGCGGUGAUUCAAAAGGCCAUGGUGGCUGGAGCGAUGGUUCAAAAGGCCUAGGUGGCUUGGACGGCGUCGUAGGAAGCCUAGGUGGUUGGGGCGGUGAUUCAAAAGGCCAUGGUGGCUGGGGCGGUGAUUCAAAAGGCCUAGGCGGCUGGGGCGGUGAUUCAAAAGGCCUAGGUGGCUGGGCCGGUGAUUCAAAAGGCCUAGGUGGCUUGGACGGCGCUGUAGGAAGCCUAGGCGGCUUGGACGGUGCUGUAGGAAGCCUAGGUGGCUUGGGCGGUGCUGUAGGACACCUAGGUGGUUUGGGCGGUGCUGUAGGACACCUAGGUGGCUUGGGCGGUACUGUAGGAAGCCUAGGUGGCUUGGGCGGCGGUUCAAAAGGCCUAGGUGGCAGCGACAAGGCACAUGGCAAGUCGGCGGGAAGCAGUCUGGGAGGAACGAAGAACUUGGAACUUGGUUCGGUCUCGAGCAAAUCAUUGUCACUGACGGAGUCCAAGAAUAACAAUGGUCAUUCAUGGAAUUGA